GUUACUCAUCAACUCUCGCGAGAUUUGACUUCCAGGAAGUUCCACGUUCACUGCAAUCGCAGCAUUUGGAUCCCGUUUGCUACACAAUUAUUUCCAUCUUGUGUCGACGAAACUGUGACAAAAAUGCCGCUGAGGCUUGACAUUAAGCGGAGGCUGACCUCCAGGUCUGACCGGGUGAAGAGUGUGGAUCUUCAUCCAACGGAACCAUGGAUGCUGGCCAGUCUGUACAAUGGCAGCGUCUGUGUGUGGAACCACGAAACACAGACUCUGGUGAAGACUUUUGAGGUGUGCGACCUUCCUGUCCGAGCAUCCAAAUUUGUGGCCAGGAAGAAUUGGGUCAUCACAGGAGCGGAUGACAUGCAGAUCCGCGUGUUCAACUACAACACUUUGGAGCGUGUUCACAUGUUUGAGGCCCACUCUGACUACAUCCGCUGCAUUGCUGUCCACCCCACACAGCCCUACAUCCUCACCAGCAGCGAUGAUAUGUUGAUCAAGCUGUGGGACUGGGAGAAGAAGUGGUCUUGCAGCCAGGUGUUUGAGGGCCACACGCACUAUGUGAUGCAAAUUGUCAUCAAUCCAAAAGACAACAAUCAGUUUGCCAGUGCCUCCUUGGACAGGACCAUCAAGGUUUGGCAGCUGGGUUCUUCAUCUCCUAAUUUCACUUUGGAAGGCCACGAGAAAGGAGUCAAUUGUAUUGACUAUUACAGUGGAGGAGACAAACCCUAUUUGAUAUCAGGGGCUGAUGACCGCCAAGUCAAAAUCUGGGACUACCAGAACAAAACUUGUGUUCAGACUUUGGAAGGCCAUGCCCAGAAUGUUUCCUGUGUCAGUUUCCACCCAGAGCUGCCAAUCAUAAUCACCGGGUCAGAGGAUGGGACGGUACGUAUUUGGCAUUCUAGCACUUACCGCCUGGAGAGCACAUUAAACUAUGGUAUGGAACGUGUGUGGUGCGUGUGCGGUCUCAGGGGCUCAAACAAUGUAGCACUGGGUUAUGAUGAAGGCAGCAUCAUUAUCAAAGUGGGUCGUGAAGAGCCGGCCAUGUCAAUGGACACCAAUGGGAAAAUCAUUUGGGCAAAGCACAGUGAAAUCCAGCAGGCCAACUUGAAGGCAAUGGGAGAUGCGGAAAUCAAGGAUGGAGAGAGGCUCCCAUUGGCUGUGAAAGACAUGGGCAGCUGUGAGAUAUACCCUCAAACCAUCCAGCAUAACCCCAAUGGGAGGUUUGUGGUGGUGUGUGGAGAUGGUGAGUACAUCAUCUAUACUGCCAUGGCGCUGAGGAACAAGAGCUUUGGCUCCGCACAAGAAUUUGUUUGGGCUCAUGACUCAUCAGAAUAUGCCAUUCGAGAAAGCAGCAGUGUCGUCAAACUUUAUAAGAAUUUCAAAGAAAAGAAAUCUUUUAAGCCUGACUUCGGAGCUGAAGGGAUCUAUGGAGGUUUCUUGCUCGGUGUGAGGUCGGUGAAUGGUCUGGCAUUUUAUGACUGGGAGAACACGGAACUUAUUCGCCGCAUCGAGAUCCAACCCAAACACAUCUUCUGGUCAGACUCUGGUGAGUUGGUGUGCAUCGCGACAGAGGAGUCCUUCUUCAUUCUUAAAUACCUGUCAGAAAAAGUCGCUGACUCGCAAGAGAACAAGGAGGGAAUGACAGAGGACGGCAUCGAGGACGCAUUUGAGGUCCAGGGAGAGAUCCAGGAGAUUGUGAAAACUGGACUUUGGGUUGGUGACUGCUUCAUUUACACGAGCUCUGUGAACAGACUCAACUACUUUGUCGGAGGAGAGAUUGUUACUAUUGCUCACCUGGACAGAACCAUGUAUUUACUUGGUUACAUACCCAAAGAUGACCGUCUCUACCUGGGGGACAAGGAGCUCAACAUCGUCAGCUACUCCCUGCUGGUCUCCGUUUUAGAGUACCAGACUGCUGUCAUGAGGAGGGACUUUAGCAUGGCCGACAAGGUUCUUCCCACAAUUCCAAAAGAGCAAAGAACCAGAGUGGCUCAUUUCUUGGAGAAACAGGGUUUCAAGCAGCAGGCGUUAGCUGUGUCCACAGACCCUGAGCACAGGUUUGAGCUGGCCUUGCAGCUGGGAGAGUUGAAGAUUGCUUACCAGCUGGCUGUGGAGGCAGAGUCGGAGCAAAAGUGGAAGCAGUUGGCAGAACUCGCCAUAAGCAAGUGCCAGUUCGGCCUGGCCCAGGAGUGUCUGCAUCAUGCGCAGGACUACGGCGGCCUGCUUCUCCUCGCCACAGCCUCUGGUAACGCCACGAUGGUGGGCAAGCUGGCUGAAGGUGCAGAGAGGGACGGCAAGAACAACGUGGCCUUCAUGACCUACUUCCUGCAGGGCAAACUGGAUCAAUGCUUGGAGCUUCUGAUCAGAACUAAUCGUCUGCCCGAAGCUGCUUUUCUGGCUCGCACUUACCUGCCCAGCCAGGUGUCCCGUGUGGUCAAACUGUGGAGGGAAAGCUUGGCCAAAGUCAACCAGAAGGCUGCUGACUCCUUAGCUGACCCCACAGAGUAUGAAAACCUGUUCCCUGGUCUGAAAGAAGCCUUUGCAGCCGAGCAUUUCCUCAGAGAAACUUGCUUAGGCAGCAGACCUGCCAAAGACUAUCCCCUGGUCACACUAAAUGAAGACCGGAAUAUUUUAGAGGAGGCUGAAGGAUACGAACUCAAAGAAACUUCUCCUCAUGAGGAGCCUGAAGAGUCUCCCUUAGUGUCCGUGGUUCCUCAAGUGGCAGAGGAGUCCUUGGCCAAGCCUUCAGAGCCAGAACCUGCCCCCCAACAGGAUCCGGAGGAAACCCCUUCCAUUUCACAGGUGGAACAGGAGAAGGUGGAUUUGACUCUAGAUGAGCUGGAUGUAGACCUGGACAACAUGGAGCUGGAUGACAUCUACACCUCAGACCUCAACCUGGACGAGGACUUUCUAGACGACGAUUAGAGACUGGAGUUUAUUUCAUUGUACUUAAAUAUGAUAUUGUCCACAACUACAGAGUAAAGUCAUGUUUUAUUCUCAGAGGAAUGGUAAACCUCACCUCUAUGUUUCUAACUCUCCAUUUUGUGCACCAUUUAUUGAUUGUUGGAGAUCUUCCACUUUAUUGGAAGUGUUAUGUUUAUUUGUUUUGUCUCGUCUGCCAUGAAGAAUCACCGUUCAAUAAACGGCGGUUUCUGUACAUAUUCAACUUUGACUUCAUUCCAUAUUCAAGUGAAGGCUGGUGAGUGGGAGGAAGUACUUCAGCUCAUUUUCAUCUGUACAAUAUAGACAUGUCUUAUUGUGCUACACCUUAAUAAAUACUUCAUAAUGCCAUUUUUAUUGUAUACAACUGAAACUGGUCUUACCUUUAUUUGUGUAAGAAGGCCAUGCACCUGUCCCCCUUUAGGAAGGUGUUACUCUGGAAAAGUCGAUAUUUUCUUUCAGCUAAUCACACCUGACUGCUGAUUGGUCAGCUGCUGUCAAUCAUUGUCAUGUUGACAAGAGGGCAGGCCCAGAAAGCCAAUCAGUGAGCUUGUAGGCGGUCCAAAGGGACGAGUUUCAACCUGAGUGGACACUUUCCAUCUGGCACUAGUGUUUGACUUGUCUCCAUUCAAUAGUGCAACCUUAUCUUUGGAUGUUAAAAAUGCACGGGACAAAAACUGCUUUUUGACAAAGUGCAGGAGACACUACAUUCCUGUUGUAUUUUUGCCCUCACUUGUUCGUGUUAAUUAAAGAUGUUUUUUUUCAUGUU